CAUCCAUUGUAUUUUUAUUUUUUAAAAAAAAAUUAAACCAAAACUCUUCUUAAUCUUGUUCUUCCUCUCUUAUUUUAUUUUAUUUUUCUUAGGGUUUUUUGAAACUUUGUAAUUAAAAAAUAAAAAUGGGAAGAGGGAAAAUAGAGAUGAAGAAAAUUGAAAAUAUAAGUAGUAGACAAGUAACAUUUUCAAAACGAAGAGCUGGACUUUUUAAGAAAGCUGAAGAAUUGUCUGUUCUUUGUGAUGCUGAAAUUGGUGUUAUUGUUUUCUCUAAUACUGAUAGGCUUUAUAAAUUUGCUAGCUCCAAAUCCAGUAUGGAAAAAAUUGUGGAGAGAUAUAACAGUUCUUCACAUUCAUUUGAGCAUCCUAUGAUCGAAAAUGUGGUAGAGCCUGAAUUGAAUUCCUUGAAAGCUGAAGUUGCAAAAUUACGAAAGGCUACCGGAAGGAUGAUGGGGAAAGAACUUGAUGGCCUGGACUUCAAAGAGUUGCAGCAAUUAGAGCAUCAACUAACUGAAGGCAUUUUAUCUGUUAAGAAUAAGAAGGAACAAGUACUAUUGGAGCUACUUGAAAAAUCAAAUCUGCAGAUUGAGGAGCUUGGCCACAAAUCAUGUAAUCAUUAUCCUGAAAAUUAUGAAGCAGCAAGGAAAAUUUCUGGUGGAAAUACAACAGUAAUUUGUGAUUUUAAAUCAGUUGAAGAAGAAAAUUCAGACACUUCUUUGAGCUUAGGACUAUCAGUUGCUACAAGUCAGAAGAAAAAAAAUCCACAGAUUGAAUGCACUUCAAAUGAUUCUGAGAAUCUAAUGAUUUUAGAUUAAUAUUUUCUUGAAUACAAACUCACAUUUUUCAUAAUAUUUAUUGUUUUUUGUUUAUGUCUAUAGGCAUUUUGCCCUACCUAUAGUUCUGUUUACUAGAACUAGAAUGUUGUAAGACCAUCACAUGAAUGUUGUGUAUUUUUUUAUUUUCUGUUCGAAGUUUGAUAUCCGCUUUUGAGACUGAUUAA